AUGUACCUCAUCGACGACAAUGACGACCCAGACGUGACGAUCGACGUGAAGGUGGAAAAAGUCCAGAGACGUGUACAUCACCGACGAGACAUGUUCGAAUGGGAAUGUAGCGAGGCCUUCGGCGACAUUGUGGCUUUUAUGCGGCAGAUGAACGAAGAAGUGCAAGGGACAGUCCAAUCUAAAAUAACAAUUGCCUGCUCAGAUCAAUCGACAAAACCGCCGUGGUCUUCCAGGGUGCAAAUGGUGUUGGACAUACUAAACAAUGUCCAUGCUUGGGCCACUCACAAUCAAUCGGACAUCAACUCUGGGUAUUCGCCGGUUUCACUGUUCCAAAAAUUCCAUAAAAUGUUACACUCCGAUGGACAUACGCUGAUAGUACAAAUGUACGGUGCAAUAGGCAGCCAUUUGACCGUAGAACUGCCCGUGUACUUGAAACAAAGCUUUGGCGCGCCGGAAAAUAUGGAAUACGGGAUACAACACGAAAUUUCGUUCACAAUGUUUCUCAUAAUAUUGUACAAAUUAAAUUUCUUGACUCCCUUGGACGAACCGUACGUAGUUUGUCUACUGUUCGAUAAUUCAAGAAGUUUUGGUUUAAACGAUUAUCAUUAUUUGCCUUUUCUAUGGGGCAGCGCUCAAUUGAUAGAAAAUAAAUGUAAUAUACUACCAAUAUCAAUAGACGAAACAAGAACAGCAAAACUCUAUAAGUCAGAUUUUAUUUUUAUGGAUUGUUUGCAUAAUUUACACUCGCUUAAACAAUCAGAACCGUUCUGGAAACACUCGUACCAGCUUUGGAGUUUAAAAUCUUUAUCAAACUGGGAAAAGGUCAACCAAGGACUAAUGGAAAUGUUUAAAAGGGAUUUGCUGAACAACUACGAUAUAGUGAAACAUUUGGUUUUUGGAGAAUCACUCGGAUUCAAACGGGACAUAAAUCGGUUUGAAAAAGAGUUCUACAAUAGAAUACCCAUCAACUUAAGUGGCAUAACGGAAGAAAUGGAGGAGAUAGAAGCCGAAGGUUGUAAGUCCGAAUAG